GCUCCUCCCCUGUGCUGUCACCGUCUUCCUCCCUCCGGGCCCAGACAGAAUGGCCCCAAAGCGACAGGCGGGCCGCGGCAAGAGGAGCUUCCCGCCCCCGGACAAGAGUCGGUGUGUACGGGCUCCGGGCCGUGGGGGCCGGUCGCAGGCCCAGGGCCGCGGGGGCGGGCUGCAGGCCCAGGGCCGCGGGGGCGGGCCGCAGGCCCAGGGCCGUGGGGGCGGGGGCGGGCCGCAGGCCCAGAGCUCAGGCAGAAGGGAUGAUGCUUCAGGCGGGGGGUUGUCUGGCCAGAGGGAAUACCCUCAGAGCAUCAUCUGGGCCCUGGGCCAACACAAGCAGGGCAGAGCUCCUCGGGCAUCCUUCCAGCAGUGUCUUCAGCAGACCUUUUUGCACUCUCUGGGCUCCUACCGACUUUUCCGCACAGCCAGCCCCUUUGACCGGAGAACAACGUGCCUGGAGUGGCACCCAACCCACCCUAGCACCCUGGCCGUGGGCUCCAAGGGUGGCGACGUCAUCCUCUGGGACUAUGAAGUGCUGGACAAAAUCUGCUUCAUUAAAGGCAUCGGAGCAGGAGGCUGCAUCACCGGGAUGAAGUUUAACCCUCUCAAUACCAACCAGCUGUUCUUCUCUUCAGUGGAGGGCUCCACCAUCCUGAAGGACUUUGUGGGCAACACCAUUCGGGUUUUUGCCAGAACAAACACUUGGGACAAUUGGUACACCAGUGUGGAUGUGUCUGCCACAAACCGGGUGGUGGUCACUGGAGACAGUGUGGGCAAUGUGAUUUUGCUGAACAUGGAUGGCAAAGAGGUCUGGAAUCUUCGGCUGCACAAAAAGAAGGUGAGCCACGUAGCUCUGAAUCCUCACUGUGACUGGUUGCUGGCCACAGCCUCAGUGGACCAAACUGUGAAAAUUUGGGACCUCCGCCAGGUCAGAGGGAAAUCUUGCUUCCUUCACUGGAUGCCUCAUGAGCAUGCUGUCAAUGCAGCAUGUUUCAGUCCAGAUGGGGCCAGACUCUUGACCACAGACCAACACAGCGAGAUCCGGGUGUACUCGAGGGAAUACCCUCAGAGCAUCAUCUGGGCCCUGGGCCAACACAAGCAGGGCAGAGCUCCUCGGGCAUCCUUCCAGCAGUGUCUUCAGCAGACCUUUUUGCACUCUCUGGGCUCCUACCGACUUUUCCGCACAGCCAGCCCCUUUGACCGGAGAACAACGUGCCUGGAGUGGCACCCAACCCACCCUAGCACCCUGGCCGUGGGCUCCAAGGGUGGCGACGUCAUCCUCUGGGACUAUGAAGUGCUGGACAAAAUCUGCUUCAUUAAAGGCAUCGGAGCAGGAGGCUGCAUCACCGGGAUGAAGUUUAACCCUCUCAAUACCAACCAGCUGUUCUUCUCUUCAGUGGAGGGCUCCACCAUCCUGAAGGACUUUGUGGGCAACACCAUUCGGGUUUUUGCCAGAACAAACACUUGGGACAAUUGGUACACCAGUGUGGAUGUGUCUGCCACAAACCGGGUGGUGGUCACUGGAGACAGUGUGGGCAAUGUGAUUUUGCUGAACAUGGAUGGCAAAGAGGUCUGGAAUCUUCGGCUGCACAAAAAGAAGGUGAGCCACGUAGCUCUGAAUCCUCACUGUGACUGGUUGCUGGCCACAGCCUCAGUGGACCAAACUGUGAAAAUUUGGGACCUCCGCCAGGUCAGAGGGAAAUCUUGCUUCCUUCACUGGAUGCCUCAUGAGCAUGCUGUCAAUGCAGCAUGUUUCAGUCCAGAUGGGGCCAGACUCUUGACCACAGACCAACACAGCGAGAUCCGGGUGUACUCGGCCUCCCACUGGGCAAGCCCCCAGCUUCUCAUUCCGCACCCUCAUCGCCACUUCCAGCACCUCACGCCCAUCAAGGCAACGUGGCAUCCUCGUUUUGACCUCAUCACGGUGGGCCGGUACCCAGACCCCAAUUUUCCAGGUUUCACUCCCUACGAGCCUCGGACGGUUGACUUAUUUGAUGGGAGCUCAGGGAAGAUGGUGUGUCAGCUUCAUGAUCCAGACUGCUCUGGCAUCAUCUCACUGAACAAGUUUAAUCCCAUGGGGGAUACCUUGGCCUCCACAAUGGGGUACAACAUUCUUAUCUGGAACCCAGAGGAGGCUGUGAGAAGGAAGCAGGAGGGAUUGAUCAAGGCCAUGAGUGAACAUGGAAUAGGGAGGGACUGUGCAGCCCACCGGAGCUCCCGACGCAGGCGAAGCAGGCGUGGCCCAACCUCUAGCAGAGAGCAGCAGAAAUGUCCACGCCAAGGGGAUGCAAGAAGCAAAGGCAAAGGGAAGGAUCCAAGGCCCUGAGGGAUUGAGUCCCUGCUGCAGUGAGCACAGGUCAAGGCCCUUUUCUCUGGAAGGCUGGGACUCAAAUGUUGAGAAGUAAGGCUGGGGGAUAGCAAUUGCCUCCCCUGGGUUUGCCUGCCAGGCUGGUGAUUUCAUUUUGGGUUGUUGAUGGUCAAUAAAGUAGUGUCUUUUGGGUUGGGGAGGGGG